CAGAUACCGAUGGUUGCAGUCCCGAUCCGUGCGUUUCAAUAGCUACUUGUACCGACAAUGUGGCUCCCGCGACUGGUGCAGUCUGCACUUGUCCGGCAGGGUAUCACGGUGAUGGAAAAGUUGAUGGGACCGGAUGUACAGACAUCAGCGGUUGCGAUCCGAAUCCGUGUCAUAUCCUCGCUACCUGUGAAGACGUUCCUGCCCCAGGGACCGGUGCAGUUUGUAACUGCGCGUCUGGAUAUGAGGGCGAUGGAACAAUGGGUGGAACCGGGUGUACAGAAAUUGAUGGAUGCGAUCCCGACCCGUGCGAUGUCAAUGCACAGUGUACAGAUAUUCCAGCUCCUGGGACCGGUGCCGACUGCACGUGUAACAAUGGAUAUUCGGGAGAUGGAGUCACAUGUGCAGAUGCCGAUGAAUGAACAAGACAAUAUCUGA